CAGCACUUGCCAGUGAUUGGCUGGUUGUGAGCGUUAUGAAACUUCAUUGGGUAGGAAAACACACGCCUGCCACCAACCUGAGAAAGCACAACAAACUACAAGGUUGUUCAUGUGUGUCUGACUGAGCCAACAGCAAGCAUGCUGACUGCGCAGAAGGCAUGUGCAGUGAUGGCUGCCCGCCGCCUAGCAAGAGCUUCUGUCUCCUCAUCUCACACACUCCGCUCUUUGAUCCACACCUCAGCGUCAUUUCAGGACCAGACUGAGCUGCAUCCCGAGUGGGCCAGCCUGGCCAAGAAACAACUGAAAGGGAAAAACCCAGAAGAUCUUAUCUGGCGCACACCUGAGGGAAUCAAAAUCAAGCCAGUGUACACAAAGGCGGACUCAGAGGGACGUGCUGAUGAACUGCCAGGAGUGUUUCCCUACACUAGAGGGCCCUAUCCCACCAUGUACACUUACAGACCUUGGACAAUCAGGCAGUAUGCUGGCUUUAGCACUGUGGAAGAGAGCAACAAGUUCUAUAAAGAUAACAUUAAAGCCGGUCAGCAGGGUCUUUCUGUGGCCUUUGACCUCCCGACGCACCGCGGCUACGACUCGGACAAUAUUAGAGUCCACGGGGAUGUUGGAAUGGCUGGAGUGGCCAUAGACACAGUGGAGGACAUGAAGAUGCUCUUUGACGGGAUCCCUUUGGAGAAGAUGUCGGUGUCAAUGACCAUGAAUGGAGCAGUUAUUCCUGUGCUGGCGAUGUUUAUUGUGACUGGAGAGGAGCAGGGUGUGCCCAAAGAGAAACUAACCGGGACUAUUCAGAAUGAUAUUUUAAAGGAGUUUAUGGUACGCAACACUUAUAUUUUCCCCCCAGAGCCUUCCAUGCACGCCAUUGCAGACAUCUUUGCAUAUACAUCCAAGCACAUGCCUAAGUUCAACUCCAUAUCCAUCAGUGGUUACCAUCUUCAGGAAGCUGGCGCUGAUGCCAUCUUGGAGGUAGCCUACACUAUCGCUAACGGCCUGGAGUACUGCCGCACUGGUCUGAAAGCAGGUUUAACCAUCGAUGAAUUUGCUCCAAGGUUGUCAUUCUUCUGGGGUAUAGGGAUGAAUUUCUACAUGGAAAUAGCCAAACUGAGGGCAGCCAGGAGGUUAUGGGCCACUCUCCUUAGAGAAAACUUCCAGCCCAAGAAUGCAAAGUCUCUCCUUCUGCGCACACACUGCCAGACCUCAGGCUGGUCUCUCACUGAACAAGAUCCAUACAACAACGUGAUCCGCACCGUGAUCGAAGCCAUGGCUGCUGUGUUCGGGGGCACCCAGUCUCUCCACACCAACUCUUUCGAUGAAGCUCUCGGUUUGCCUACUGUGAAGAGCGCUCGCAUUGCCAGGAACACCCAGAUCAUCAUCCAGGAGGAGUCGGGCAUCCCCAAAGUAGCGGAUCCCUGGGGGGGCUCCCACAUGAUGGAGGCUCUUACUGAUGAUGUCUACAAUACUGCUCUGAAGUUCAUUAAAGACAUUGAGGAGAUGGGAGGCAUGGCCAAAGCUGUGGCAGAAGGCAUUCCCAAGCUUCGUAUUGAGGAAUGUGCUGCACGGAGACAGGCUCGCAUCGACUCAGGAUCAGAAGUCAUUGUUGGGGUGAACAAGUACCGCUUGGAGACAGAGGAAACUGUGGAUGUGUUGGCCAUAGAUAACACCAUCGUACGUCAGAAACAGAUCGAGAAACUGAAGAAGGUGAAGGAGAGUCGUGACCCCGAGGCAGCAAAGAAGUGCCUGGAAGCCAUAGAGGAGUGUGCCCAAACCAGGGAGGGCAACCUUCUGGGCCUGGCUGUGGAGGCAGCACGCGCCAGAUGCACUGUUGGUGAAAUUACUGACGCCAUGAAGAAGGUGUUUGGUGAACACAAGGCCAGCACCAGGAUGGUGAGCGGUGCUUACCGCAGCGAGUUCGGAGAGCACGAAGAGAUCGCCCUGUCUCACAAUAGAGUUGCAAACUUUAAGAGCCAUGAAGGGAGGAAUCCCCGACUACUGGUGGCAAAGAUGGGCCAAGACGGCCAUGACAGAGGCGCCAAAGUCAUUGCUACAGGGUUUGCCGACUUGGGCUUUGAUGUAGACAUUGGGCCGCUGUUUCAGACUCCCGUCGAAGUAGCCCAGCAAGCAGUAGACGCAGAUGUUCACUGCGUAGGGGUCAGCACACUUGCUGCAGGACACAAAACCCUGGUCCCAGAGCUCAUCAAGGAACUACGGAAGCUUAAUAGGCCAGAUAUCCUGGUUAUCUGCGGAGGUGUCAUCCCACCACAGGACUAUGAGUUCUUGUAUCAGAGCGGUGUGUGCGCCAUCUUUGGUCCAGGAACCAGGAUCCCGCAGGCUGCAGUCGAGGUGAUCGACAACAUUGAGAAGAGCCUGGAAAAAAUACGGCAGGCCAUGUAAAAACAAACAGGAAAAAGACAAGAAAAACUAGACUGUAAAAAGUUUGAUCGUGUAACAUACGAGAGCCACCACUUGUGUACAUAAUCAGGUUGACCUUCUGCAUGAGGAUGUAAGGAACACGAGAGUUGAUGGAGUUGUUCUACUCAUGGUUACUCUCUUUUUUUCAUUAACUCAAACACUCAAAACCUCAAGAUGUAAACAGAAAAAUAAUUAUUGCACCCCUUUGACACUUUUGUGUGAUUGAAUUGUUGUCAUGAUGUUUAGUAAUAUCCUGUAAAUACUUCAGAAGAUUCUGAACAUGAAAAUAAAAAAAUAAAAAAUAUGAUAUUUCUGAUAUAAACAUCCACACUGAGGCCAAACCAUAAAUCAUUCUCUGCUUUUAUUAAGAUCCAGAUUUUCACUUAACUCAGAACAUUUAUGAGCAGCAUCUGAAUGUCAUUUUUAAGUAUGUGUGUUUUGCUGUUUCCUAGCAAAGUGUGAUUAAUGACUGUAGUGGAGAGAAGCAUGUGGAAAAUUACAUAAACCAAACCUCUUAAGAACCUUCAUCCCUGCUUAUUAGCUUGGACGUCAUCUUAUUGAAAGCGGCCUUCUGUUUCAUUAACCCCCCGCUUUGCAUCAUCAGCUCAAUACAAUAAGUGUAAAGCUGUGGAAAAGUCAUCACAAUGUCAGAAACAGGUUGAAAUAGUAUUUUUGUAGUCAAGAGUCUGAAUCAGAUUUAACAUUAUUUGGUCUAAAUAAAGUGUGUUAACUGGAAAA